CUUUGCUCCAGUCCCAGGCUGCACGGCGCAUAGGUACCUCUGAGCGCUCCUAUUACAAAGAAGGACACACGACAGCAUAAGCCGUCAGAACCUUGCAGCUCUCCACCCAUAAGGCCGCUCGCUGCAGCUUUUGCGCAUCUCGCUGACAACGCUGUGUGCGCAACGCGAAGCCGACGCUAACACUGUCCAGCGCUCGCCGCCGACGCGAGACGCCAACGCAGCCCAGCGCUCGCUACCGUGACCAUGCGGCGCCUCCUCGCCCUCAUCACCACAGCACACGCAAUAAGACUGAAGCAGCUCAACCCGCUAUCUUACAUAUGGAGGGAGGAACCCUACUUGAUCGAGUUCCACGCCGCGGGAGCCGACCAGUGCGACGAAAUGAAGCCCGCCAUGAGCGCCGUUGAGAAAGAGCUGGGAACUAGAAUACUAAAAUGGGACGUCUGGUCCGACCCCGCCGCUUAUAAAUUGAUGCAGUUUCUGGACAAGGGUCCGGACGGGAGAAGUAAGUGCGGCGGCCUGCCCUUCUUUUAUAAUAGAAAGACGGGCAAGAUCGUGUGUGGCGCCACCACCGAAAAGAACCUCAUGAACUGGGCGACCGGCCUGAAGCACGAGAUGGUGUUAUCUCCACCACCUUCCGCGGAGCAGAAGCGCGUCCAGCAGCGCGUGACGGGCCGGGAAGCGCGUAUUGCUCGGCAAGCUUUCGAGCGGAAGAAGAAGCUCGUGGCGGAGAUGCAGGCGAAGAAGAGAGCUAGGGGGGCGGCGCCGGCCGCGGCGCCGACAGCGGCCGCGCAGUAACCUG